AUGACAGAAGAAGACGAUAAACAAACAAAUUAUUUUGAUUCUCAUCCUGGUACAACUAGAAAUCGAAGUACGACAUCACCUUCCACUUUAGAUGAACACCAAUCCAAUGUUGAAUCAGUGGACAUCCCCCUUGAUCCAUUUUCCAAUAUUGUCAUCAAUUCGUAUAGCCACAAAGCCAAUGUAGUGCCUCCAUAUGUUCUAGAUACUUUAUCAAAAGCAUAUCAUAGAAACCAUUUACAUCAAACCAACACCAAUAUAUCCGACCAAGUUACUUCCAAAACUUUGACUUUUGAAACUGAUGCCGAUAAACUGAAUACUGUAUAUAGUGGAAUUGUCCAUGACCCUUAUAUACGAGCUAUGGAUGGGGAUUGGUUUAAAUUUAUGCAAUCUAUUCGACAUCAAACAGCUUAUACUCAUGAUAAAAUUGCCUAUGAUCCUGAACUACUCAAAGAAUACGAUCUUAAUGGAACUUGGGGAGGAGAUGAACGAUUAAAAGAUGAGUUUGUCAAUAAUAUAAAUAAUGGUGGUGUUAUUAGUGAUUCUGAAAAAAGAGGAUUUUUGGGGUUUUUCGGUAAAGAAAAAGGUGAAAAUGAUACCCGUAUGAGAUCAACAGCUGGUUAUUGGAUGGGUGAAAAUAGAUCUCAAUUGAAACCAACAUUGAAAAAGAUAUUCUUGUUUAAUCCAUUAGUUCCAUUAUUAUUACGUAUAUUGAUUAUUAUUUUCUGUGCUAUUGCAUUAGCAUUGGCCGGAUCAAUAUUUAUCUAUUCAAAAAGAGACUAUGAAGGACAUAAAGUAGAACAACAACCUAGUACUAUUAUGGCAUUAGUAGUACAAUCAUGUGCAUUGGUUUAUGUGAUAUACAUUGCUUAUGAUGAAUACACAGGUAAACCUUUGGGAUUAAGAGAACCAAUGAGUAAAAUGAGGUUAAUUUUAUUGGAUUUGUUAUUUAUUAUUUUUUCAUCAGCCAAUUUAUCGUUGGCAUUUAACACCAUGAAUGAUGAUGAAUGGGUUUGUAGAGCAAAUAAAACUCCUGGAUUAUCAGAUAUUGGUCUUGUCUUCCCGACAAUUGGAUCAAUUUGUCGAAGACAAAGGGCCUUGUCAUCAUUUUUAUUUAUGGUGCUUGUGUUAUGGGUCAUUACAUUUACAGUUAGUUUGUUAAGAGUUAUUGAUAGAGUCAACACUCCAGGACCCAGAAAUGUAUAG